UAAAUCCACUGCUCACGCUAUAAAUCGAACAAGGAUGGAAGAUGAUAUACCUGACAUUAAGAUAAUUAAUUUUUUUGGGUAUACACAUAUAUAAACAAUUCAUAUACUUAAUUUGUUGAUACUCAUGUUCAGUAUAACUUAUCGCAAUUAUUAGAAAAUUGAGACCAGUAAAAAUGAGUGAUUUUUGGUAUUUAUUUUGACCAAUUGCUAACUAUUAUUCAUCCCUAUUUUCUUUGCUGAAGCAAAUACGUAAAAGUGGUUAUAUUUUCUUAUUAUAUUUUGAAAAUAUACAAUUAAAUUAUGGAUAAUGCAGCAAUUUUAAAAAUGGACCAAUUUAAGAGGAUACAAGGUGGAACUUUGAUUAUUGGUGACAAAUAUUAUUCCAUUUUUAAAGGAAUAAAUACAGUUGGUAGAAAUAAAGUAGCUGUCGUUAAUAUUAAAAAUUUGAACGUUAGCCAAAACCAAGCUCUAAUCAUUCUCAUCGGUGAAACACAACACUAUAUUAGCGAUUUAAAUUCCUCUAAUGGUACAUUUUUGCACAAUACAAAACUUAUUCCCUUCAAACUUUAUGAAUUAACAAAUAAUGCAGAAAUUAAAUUUGGAGAUGUUGAUGCAGUAUAUAAAAAAAUUUUGUCUCCCGAUACAACAAUUAAUUUACAAGAAACUUUGGAGGUAGUUGAGAUGACCCAAAAUAUGACUCAGAAUUUUUAUGCUUCAAACACACAAAUUAUUGAUAAUAAAAAUGGAAACGCUCAUCAACAUUCUAUUGUGAAACAAUCAAAUACCAAUCCAUAUAAUAUUCAUGAGAUUCAAACUCAAAUCAGGGAAUAUCCAUCAGUUUUAUCUAAAAUUCAAGUGGAACAAAGUUCCCAAGCAGUGACAGAAGAAAAAGUAAACACUGAUAUUCAUGAUGCACCCACUCAAAUAGUUUCUUAUUCAAAUACUAUGUCUAAAGAAUCUAACUCAAAAAAUUUUCCAAACUAUGAACAUCAAGAAGAAUAUAGUGAAAGAACAUCACCUAAUACUCAAAUAAUAACAGAGGAAGAAAAAGAAGCAAUUGUUAAUAAAAUCAAAGUUGAAAAUUCUAGAAUACCUGCAGAAGAAGUAGAACAAAAUAUUGAUAAACCUAUUAAAACGAAAACAGGGGUAAUACAUUAUAGUCAAGAACCUUCUACAUCAGGGCUAGGAACAUUCCUUAAAGAAUAUGAUGAUUCAUUUCUAAGCGAAUCAAAAAAAUCAGAAACUAAUCUUGUUGUUGAAGAAAGUUUAGUGGAAAAGAAUAGUAAUGAUGGUUCUAUUGAUUUCUUAGAAUUAGACAAUACACAAAGUGAAUUUGACCUAAAUCAUAAAUCUCCGACUUCUCCAACCGAUUCAGAGUCAAAUGAGAGUGAAGAUAUAGUUAAACAUCGUGUUAAACCAAUACUAAAAUUACCAGACACGCAAAUAGAAAUCCAUUCUAGUUUUGACGAUACACAAGAUAUUGGUUUUAGAAAGAAAUCCCUUAAACCUAUUGUUGAAGAUUCAGAUACAGAAGAUGAUACACAAGAACAAAUAACUAAAUUACCACUCAUAAAUGGAGAAAAAAUUGUAACCUCUGAUUCUGAUACUGACUGUGAAGAUUUACUUAUAUGCAAAGCAUCAGCCAAGAUAAUAACUAGAACACAUAGUGUAUCUGAUGAUGAUACAGACAUAGAAAAUACUAAAAAAUGUGAAUUAGACGACACUGAUUGUAUUCCAGCAACUCAAGAUGCAUUUGCCAACGGUUUAGAGCAUAAACCUACAAAAAGCUCUCAAUUAAGUACAAAUCACUCAUCAGAAGAAAGCUUUAAGCUUGGAUUAACGGAAUUGAUGAGUUUUACACAAAAUGAUGAUGAAAAUGUGGAAUCACAUAAAGUAUCAGAAAUAAAUUUAGGUAAAGUAAUUGAAAAGGAAAAAGAAGGAAAUGUAAUAAAAUCCUCAAGUACCUGUAGUAAUGAUCCAAUGCCUACUCAAGUAGAAGAAAUGGUUAAAAAAUUUGUAUUUAAAAAGAAAUCUGCUAAUUUAGAUGAUUCUCUAACAACUAUACUAAGUACCAAUAGAAAUUCAAAUAAAAAUGAAAACACUGAAACUGAAAGUAUUAAUGAAAAUAACAAAGAAAAAUCGAAUAAAACAAUUGAUGACGUUUUUCUCCAACCAACUCAAUUGGACACUUUGUCAGCAGCUAAUCAAAGUUUAAAAGCAAAUUUAAAUGAAAAUGAGAAUACCAGAACUAAAAAUAAUACUGAAAAUAAUGGAGAACAACCAAAUGAAACAAUUGAUAACGUUUUUCUUCAACCAACCCAAUUAGAUACUUCAUCAACAACUAUUGAAUGCAUCAAUACAAAUUUAAAUGAUAAUGAGAAUUCUGAAAUUGGAGGUAUUGAUAAAAAAAACAAAGAACAAACAAUUGUUGAGGUUUUUCGCCAACCAACCCAAUUGAAUACUUCAUCAAUAACUAUUGAAAGCAUGAAUACAAAUUUAAAUGAUAAUAAUGAAAAUUUUAAAAUUGGAGAUAUCGAUAAAAACAACAAGGAACAAAAAAAUCAAACAAUUGGUGACGUUUUUCUUCAACCAACCCAAUUGAAUACUUCAUCAACAACCAUUGAAUGCAUCAAUAAAAAUUUAAAUAAAGAUGAGAUCACCAAAACUGAAAAUAGUAUUGAAAUUAAUGGAGACCAACCAACUGAGACAAUAGAUGACGUUUUUUUCCAACCAACCCAAUUGGAAACUUCGUUAACAAAUAUUGGAAGUAUUAAUACAAAUUCAAAUAAUAAUGAGAUAAUUAAAGCUGGAAAUAGUACUAAAAUCAUUGAAGAACAACCAACUGCAGGAAUUGAUGUCGUUUUACUCCAACCAAACCAAUUGGAAACUUCUUCAACAAUUAUUAAAAGUAUCAGUGCAAAUUUAAAUAAACAUCAUAGCAUUCAAACCGAAACAAGUAUUGAACAUCCAACUGAGGCAAUUAAUGAUGUUUAUGACCAACCUACACAAUCAGUGAAUCCAAAAGAAUCUGAAAAUGAUAUUUUUCUGCAACCAACUCAAUCUCUUAUCUCAGAAGAGACUGAUGAUGAUUUAUUUUUAAAACCAAAGAGAAUUCAAAAACCAACUCGAGUACAUGAUGCAACAGAACCUGAAAAUGACAUUUUUCUACAACCAACUCAAUUAAUCAGUUCAAAAGAGGCUGGUGUUGAUAUUUCAUCAAAACCAAGCUUGAUUCAGUGUAAAACCCAAAAAAUGGAUGAUGACUUGUUCUCACAACCAACUCAAUUAAUGGGAUCAACAGAAACAAGAAAUUUAAUACCAACAGAUUCUUGUACCCAAAAUGAGUUAUAUUUGGCUUCUACUCAAGUUAUUCAAGAAAAAACUGAUGGUAAAGCUAAAGAACUUUCCAUGACACAAGAAGACUUAUAUGGACAAGAAACUCAGAAAAUUGAAGACAUUCCAGAUAUUCUUCCUAAAACUCAGUCAGAAAAGAAUGUGUUUAUGCUACCCACACAAGAAAUGACAGACAUUUGUCCAGAUUCCACAGAAACACAAUUAGAAUUGCACUAUUUAAAUGAAACUAUACCAGUUCCUGUUGAUAGCGAUAGACCCUCCAACCCACUUCUUCGUGAGUUAAACAAAGAGGACAGUCAAGAGAUGUUCAAUGAAAAUAAAUCUUCCGUAAAAGAAAAAGGUGAUAAACAUAAAGUUAGUAUGUUACAGUUUGACAAAAUGAAUAGCUCUACAGAGACAUUGAGUCAGAUUGAAGCAUUUUUGAAAAAACCUUUACCACCUCGAAAGUCUGCAAGACAUCUUGGAUCCAGAGACAAAUUGAACGUUAUAAAAGCAUCAGUUGAUAAAUCCAUUUUAAAUAAUGCUAAAAAACCGAUAAAACAUGAAGAUAGAGCUGAAACAUUGAGUCAGAUCGUUGCAUUUAUCAAUAAGUCGGACACAAAGCAAGUGCAUAACAAAUGUGCAAAUCAAAGUACGGAAGAAGUAAAAAUAUCAAUUUCUGGUGAAAGUUUUAAUAAUAAAGCAAAGUCCUUGAAGGAACAUAUUGAUUCUAAACAAUUUUCAAACGAGAGCUUAGAAGACAGUGAUGAAGAAAUUGAGAAAAAAGAUAGUAGCAGAGAAAUUCGUAGCGAUGUAGAUCAAAGUUUUGCUUUAUUGCAAUCGAAGACUUCAAAAAUCAGAAGAAAACCAACUAAUAAUCCUAUUUUAGAAGAAAUCAAAGUUAUGGUUACUUCUCAUAGAAAAAGUAUGAGUAUUGCUGAAAAUGAUAAUCCGGACUUGAUAAUUCCUUUAAAAAAAUCAAAAAGAACUACUUCAAGCAGUUUUACAAAUCUAACUGAAGCAAAACAGGCCCCUAAAAUAACAAAAUCAAGAAAAUCCAAGGUACAAUCAACUACUUUGAAUCAAACACAUCCAGAUAAUAAUCCAACAAUUUCAAAUACUGGAAAAUGUGAUGAUAUUACAACAACGUCUAAAGAAUCUCUCCCUGAAAACCCAAAAAAUAAAAAACUGAGCACAACUGAUGAACGAAAAACAACCAGAUGCAAAAAACUUACAAAAGAUAGCAAAACAGAUGAUCCCAAAGUUUCACGAACUAGAAAAUCUAAAUUGUCUUUUGAUAAUUGGGAUGAUAAAAUUGUUAAAAACACCGACUCUAUUACAGACACAGACAAAAAAAGAAAAAAAGAACCUGCAGAUUCUCCAAUAAAGUCGAAUAGCAAUCCUACUAAUUUGAUAAACUCUAUAAAUAUCCAGAAAAGUACUGAAGAAUCUAGCGAAGAUGAUGUAGGCAUAAACAAUAUCAAACGUAGUAGAAGAAAAAAGAGAACUAUUGACUCAAGUGAAGAUACUUCAGAUUCCCCAACACCAGUUAAACAUACAAGAACUAGUAGAAAAAUUAGUUCCAUUGCUCCAGAAGAUAGUAAUAGUAAUAAUAGUUCAGAAACUACUCCGAAGAAAAAUCGAAAUACUCUAAAAACAGACACUUUAUCAAGUUCGGUAGAGAGAUCAAAAAGGAAACUGAAACCGAAAGUUGUUUUUACAAUGUUGGAUAGUCCCAAACUGGAAUCGUAUAUUAGGCAUUUAGGAGGUAGUAUAGUAGAUAACGUGGAUUCUGCUACAGUUUUGAUGACUCAAAGUGUGAAAAGGUCCCAAAAAUUACUAACAGCAGUUGCUCAAGGAAAACCUAUAUGUCCACCAAGUUGGAUAAACGAGUCUCUCAAAAAUAACGGAUUUUUAGAUCCAUGGGAUUAUAUAUUAGUUGAUGAAGAAGCAGAGAAAAAAUGGGAAUUUUCGUUAAAAGAAUCCCUAAUAAAAGCAGAUAAGGGAAAAUUGUUAGCUGGAUACGUUUUCCAGUUAAUGACUAAUACUGCAACUGAGGUUUUAAAAGGAGCAAUUGAGGCAAGCGGAGGAAAGUGCGUAACAAAAUUAAUUAACAAAAAUCAUCUCGACAAAUUUGUAAUUGUAGCAUCUUCAGAUUAUAAGGCUAAAUAUAACAAAAUCAAAAAGCAACAUCCUGAAAUAAUGGUUAUCGAACCAGAGGCAAUUUUUGAUGGUAUUUUAAGGCAAGAAUUGCGAUUUUCCAGGCAUCUUUUAUCAUAAAAGAUUCACUUGGAUAUUAUGGAAUCAUCUCUUAAUCAAGGAACUAUUUUGUUGAUUAGUUAUUUUGUACAUAUUUUAUACCAGGUUUGUUUUAAAGAAAUGCAAAUUUUUUAAAUAUAUUGUAUUUUUAUAAAUAAAUGUUUACCAUUAAAAUACAACAAAAAUCA